AUGACUAAAAUCUUGAAUCUCGACCAAUUUACCCUGGACAUCGUCCUUAAGUACACCGAUGUUGUAGGUGAGAAACUUGGCGGUGCUGUUCUCUCAUGCUCAGACGAAUGGUUCGCUGCUGCAGAAAACCUCAUCAAACCAAAGCCUCCAAUUAGAGAUGCCACCAGAUUCACCCAUGCUGGUGCCUGGUACGAUGGCUGGGAGACCAGAAGACACAACACUGAAGAGGCAGACUGGGUCGUCUUCCGUGGAGGUGUGGCUUCCGCCAGAAUCAUCGGAUGUGAGGUGGACACGGCUUUUUUCAACGGAAACCAUGCUCCACACAUCUCUGUUGAGGGUGUCAAUGUUUCUGACGAGGCUGAAUUAUCCAGCGCUCUGUUGAAGUGGACCACAGUGAUCGCCAAGACUGAGUGUGGACCUCUGCAAAGACACUUUUUCGUGCGUGACGAGGGUCUCACCGACGAGAGCUACACCCAUUUCCGUUUGAAGAUGUACCCAGAUGGAGGUAUUGCCCGUUUCCGCUUGUACGGUACUGUGGUGCCUGUGCUCCCGAAGGAUGUCUCUACUGUGCUCGACAUGGCUUCUGUGAAGAACGGUGGUGUGGCUGUCCGUGUCUCUGACCAGCAUUUCGGUAGUGCCGACAACUUGCUUUUGCCCGGCCGUGGCCACGAUAUGUCUGACGGUUGGGAGACCAAGAGAUCCAGAACCCCCGGCCAUGUUGACUGGGUUGUUGUCAAGUUGGGUGCUGCCACUAGCAUUCAGCGCAUUGUUAUCGACACUGCUCAUUUCAGAGGUAACUUCCCACAAAAGGUGAACAUUAAGGGUUUCAACGGUGAUACUGCUCCUGCUCACGACUCUAGCCUGUGGCAAGAGUUGGUUGGUGAUAGCAAGACCGGUCCUGACAAGGAGCACGAAUAUGAGAUCACCAACUCAGCUGCAUUCACUCACGUUCUCGUGACCAUCAUUCCAGAUGGAGGUGUUAAGCGUGUUCGCGUUUUUGGAACUAUUGUGGUUUGA